UCGAUGUCGCCCGCCCACGCUACCUAACCUUGAGUCUUACAGAAUAGCUGUUAGAAGAGGCUGUAUAACAGCUGUGAUCCUCUACGCCCACUCAUUUCAUUCUUCGCUCUUUUAUUUUUUUUUUUUCCAGUCUCUUUUCAUUCCCUGGCCUCUCCACACGCCUGCAGUGCUUUAUCUUCAUACGUGGGACUGAGAGCUUGUGCGGCUCAGAUGGGAGGUGUAACUGCUGUGUGCUACAUGAACGCGCGUAGCCGUGCACGGAGGUGGGUAGUGUCGAGAAAGGAAUGCUGAACGGAGGCCGUGAGGGCCUGUUCGAGCAGGGCAGGCGCUUUCAACAGGAGGGAGACUCCAGGGCAGCUCUGCAGUGUUUCCUUAGCUGCCUGCUGGGUCUCACCCAUGUGCAGAGCUUUCACUCGCUGCCAAACUGCCUGCAUCAGAUUGCUGAACUCUUCAUCGAUGAGAGAAAUUAUGAGAAGGCACUGCAGUUCAUUCAGGCAGAGAAGAUGUUCUAUGAGGUGGCAUUGAUUGAACUCACCGCUCUACAAGGAAGCACAGCAGGCUCUCAGGAGGAAGGUACACUGGGUUCUCCAGGAUGGCUCUCCCAAGAGGAGUUAUCAGAACAAGCCUCACAGGGCCAGGAUCUUGAGAGGCUAGCCCAGCUCUGCAUCAUGAGUAAAAGACCCCAUCUUGCUUUAGAGUACAGCGGCAAGGCCACAAAAAUACAUCAACGAGCAUUUGGUAAUGAUCACCCAAUCACAGCCAGGAGCCUGGAGCUACUGGGCACAGUCUAUGCUGAGAUUGGCAAGACUGAAUACUCAGACUCAUUGGGUCAGUGUGUGUCAGCUCUGUCAAAAACAUUCUCUGCCCCAGGAGCAUACAACAAUACACUCAACGGUUUCACUCAUAACGAUAAAGAUUCUGAACACUGGCACAGAAAAGAUGCAUAUCCUCCAUCAGACACUUCAAAACCAAAGGUCAUUAACAGUAAAAUCCCCACCUCCAUCCUAAAGAGGACCAACAAGCCAUUCUCGACUCAUCGGCGGAAAACCGAGAGGCGUGUUCGUUUCACUGAACCAGAGACUACUGUUCAUGACAUUCCAUAUUAUGACUGUUUAGGAGGAUAUGACCCAUCUCAAAGCCGCCCUCACCUGGCCCUGCUUACAUGUCUGUUCCUGCUGCUCUCAGCAUUGGGUUUAGCUCUGUACUGCACACACCGCCGACGGCCCCACCGUGCCUGUGAGGAACUACAGGCAGCACUUGCUGUCUAUCUGCUGCGGUUCAAGCAAAUCCUGUGGGGCUGCUGGAUCUGGUUAACUAUGCAGUGACCACCACCAGACAGCCUGUGGCAUCAGUGUUUCUAUGCACUCACAUAAGUACAGAAAACCACACAAAGGCACAGAAAGACUUAUAGAUCAGAAUCAGGUUUCAUUAAAGACCACUGAAAUAAUGGGCACUUAAAGUAAGACCCUUUAUUUGAUGGUUUCCACACUGGGACUGAAAAAUGCCUUCAAAUACCACUCAUGAGAAGCAGUUAACUUUUGCACGCCAUCCACAGAUGGCAUUCUUAUGCCCUUUUUGACUUCAAUGGCAUAUCUUCAUUUUUACUGAAUAGCAGAUACAUUUCAAAUGUGUAUAUCUGUCUUUCAAUGCUUGUGGUUAGACCAUAUAUCUGUUUCUAAUGUCUGUUGCAACCUAUUUAAAAAAUACUCAUAGAAAUCAACAAAAUCUUAAUGUAGUAAAAUUAGGUUUAUAGUAAUUAUUAUUUAAAUUAGCAUACAAAGUUAGAUGUCACACUCAAUCACAUAGCUGCACCUUCUUACAUCUUUCUUUUUUUGUCUAUAUAGAAUGCAAAACUAUUAUUUAUUUCACUACUAUCCAAGAUACUUUGAAUAGUUACACAUGUAAAUAGAAAAUAUUAUGGAUGAAGUAAACCAUCUUAUUGUGCACAUUGUAUUUGAAUGUACCGUACAUAGAAUCAUGAAUAACACUCAGUUCUCAGUAUGUCAAUAUCAUAUGAUAGACUAUGAUGUAAAUUUAAGCACAACAUUUGCAUCUUUUACAGUUACUUAAAGAAAAAGUGAAACCAGACCGUUUCACAGUGUAGCCAGCCAUAUAUUCUGCCAAGUCAGAUUAACUUCAUAAAUCAAAGGGCAAGGGAAUUUUUUGUUUACAAAAAUCCUGAUGAAUAGAUUUGAAUUAUUUUUAUGUUUGUCAGUUGAUAUUUUUUUGAGAGAACCAGCUUGUGUAUAUAUACGAUAUCUCUAUUUAUUUGACUAUUUUUGUAUUUUUUCUGUUUACUUUUUCUAUAGUUAAUAAUUGUAGUUUUUGUUCAUUUUUUUAUUGAUCUCAGCAUCAGUGAUUUUAAGUAUAUUAUGUUUUACUUUGUUAGAGAAGAUUUUAAAACCAUUAAAUCCAGUGGUAUAUUUCCAGUUAAACCUAACUGAUAUGUUAAAAAAAAAGCACUCAGUAUAAACUAUGAUCAAAUGUUCAAGCAAUAAUUAGUUUUUUCUUUUAUCGUUAUGUAUGCCAGUAAAACUGAUCGAAUGUGCUGUAUUUUGAAAGAAAUGGAGAAACAAUGUAAUGGAUAAUGCAACAAUGAGAUGAAUGAAUGAAUGAACGAAUGAAUGAAUGAAUAGCUGGUUCCUACUUUCCUAUUGUUUGACAGAUAAAUUAUCCAUGUAACAAAACCUUUCUCAAAAAUGAUUGUAAAAAUACUAAAAUGCAGUGAUUGUGAAGUAUUAGACAAGGUACAUGUGAAUAUUUUCAGUGCAUGUGUCUAAUAUAAUCCCUUUUUAAGAUUGUGGGUUUUUAUAAUCUAUAACCAUUUGGUUCAAGCACACUAAUUGGGCCUUAUUAUCAUUCACUCAUUAUCAGCCCUUUAGCAUUUUUGGUCGUAAGAGUCCCUAAUAGAGAAUAAUGCUGGGCAUUAGUUGUGUUUUCACUUUUAUUUAUGUAGCUAAUGCUGUACUGUAUCACGCUAUUUAGUGAAAGGAGUUCUAGGGGCUGUACACAUUGUACUUUGAGAAACUGCACAGCAUGAGCAGUGGUACUUAGGAGAGAAUGUGCAACAAAUUCAUUACUUACUGUGAUAUGCAGAAAAUUCAAACACUGUGAGAUAUUUAAGGGAAAUGAAAGGCAGUCCAGGUCAUGUAAAGAAUUUGAAGCGUAAUUACACUGAGUGCAUUUUUGUACAUAAAUAAUGCAUCUAAAUCGAAACAAUUAGCAGCGCAUGAUUUUCCAUUGCAUAGCACAGCUUAAUACUGUACAAUGUAUACUGUUUGAAGAAAAAAAAUGAACCAACUGGUUUGUACUUGAAUUUCAACUCUUCAAGGCAAUAUAAAGCAAUGUUCACUUAAAAAGGGAAUUCAAUAUACUGUAGAUGAUUUGAUACUUUAAAAUCGUCCAGAGCACACGCUCUUGUUAAGUUCCUGCUUUGGUUCAGUUGGUUGUGUUUCCACUCCACUUUUCAUUAGUGACACUGUAUGAGAUUUAUAUUUAAUAGAAGUGCCUUUUUAAGGUUCUCUUUCCUCUCGGUUUGAAUCACACUGUAACAGGACAUCAAUAAAAGAUAUCGAUUAAACAAUA